AUGAUGGAAGAACUGCACAGCCUGGACCCCCGGCGGCAGGAGCUGCUGGAGGCUCGCUUCACCGGGGUCGGCGUGGCGAAGGGCUCGGGCCAGAGUCAGAAUGAAUCGUCCAACCAGAGUCUGUGCAGCGUGGGCUCGCUCAGCGACAAAGAAAUUGAGACUCCAGAGAAAAAGGCAAAUGACCAGAGGAUCCGGAAACGGAAAGCGGACCACUUUGAUGGCAACCAAGUUAAAGCAGGAACAAGGGGACAUAAAAUUAGCGAUUAUUUUGAGUUUGCGGGAGGCAGCGGUCCCGGUACCAGCCCAGCUCGGGGGGUCCCGCCAGUGGUCCGCUCUUCCCCGCAGCACUCCCUUUCUAAUCCACCAGUCACAGUACAGCAGGGAAGCCCGUCAUCAGUGGGCUCAGCCAACACGGAACACUCAUCAUGCGCUCUGAAACCCGCCGCCCUUUACCUGCUCCACAAAGCCACACAGUCUGACCUUACUAUAGAGAGGCUAAUCGCGAUGGAGAACAACAAAAACUCUGACUUGGAGAAGAAGGAGGGACGCAUCGACGACUUGCUGCGGGCUAACUGUGACCUGCGGAGACAAAUCGACGAGCAGCAGAGGAUGCUGGAGCGAUAUAAGGAGCGCUUGAAUAAGUGCGUUACCAUGUCCAAGAAGCUGCUGAUUGAAAAAUCCAAGCAGGAGAAGAUGGCGUGCCGCGACAAAAGCAUGCAGGACCGGCUACGGCUGGGCCACUUCACCACGGUCCGACACGGAGCGUCUUUCACCGAGCAGUGGACGGACGGCUACGCCUUCCAAAAUCUAAUCAAACAACAGGAGCGCAUCAACUCGCAGCGAGAAGACAUCGAGAGACAACGAAAGCUGCUGGCCAAGCGCAAGCCGCCCUCCAUGGCGCAGACGCCGCCGCCGAACCUGGAACAGAACAAACGCAAAAGCAAAGCCAACGGCACAGAGAGCGAAGCGUUAUCGCAGGCGGAGUACCACGAGCAAGAGGAAAUCUUCAAGUUAAGAUUGGGCCACCUCAAGAAAGAGGAGGCCGAGAUCCAGGCGGAGCUGGAGAGGUUGGAAAGAGUCCGCAACCUGCACAUUCGCGAAUUGAAAAGAAUCCACAACGAGGAUAACUCCCAAUUCAAAGAUCACCCGACAUUAAAUGACCGAUACCUGCUUCUCCAUUUACUCGGACGUGGAGGUUUCAGUGAAGUUUACAAGGCCUUUGAUUUAACGGAGCAAAGGUACGUGGCCGUCAAAAUCCACCAGCUCAAUAAAAACUGGAGGGAUGAGAAAAAGGAAAACUACCACAAACACGCGUGCAGGGAAUACAGAAUCCACAAAGAGCUGGACCACCCGCGAAUAGUUAAACUCUACGACUACUUCUCGCUCGACACAGACUCGUUUUGCACAGUCCUGGAGUACUGCGAGGGCAACGACCUGGACUUCUACUUGAAACAGCACAAGCUGAUGUCUGAAAAGGAGGGUCGCUCCAUCAUCAUGCAGAUUGUCAAUGCUCUCAAGUACCUCAACGAGAUCCGGCCACCCAUCAUCCACUACGACCUCAAACCUGGUAACAUCCUGCUCGUCAACGGCACAGCGUGCGGGGAGAUCAAGAUCACAGACUUUGGCUUGUCCAAGAUUAUGGACGACGACAGCUACAACUCGGUGGACGGCAUGGAGCUCACGUCGCAGGGAGCCGGCACGUACUGGUACCUGCCGCCCGAGUGCUUUGUCGUCGGAAAAGAGCCGCCCAAAAUCUCCAACAAGGUGGACGUGUGGUCCGUGGGAGUCAUUUUCUACCAGUGCUUGUACGGCCGCAAGCCUUUCGGGCACAACCAGUCUCAACAGGACAUCCUGCAAGAAAACACUAUCCUGAAGGCCACCGAUGUGCAGUUCCCGCCCAAACCGGUCGUUACUCCGGAAGCCAAGGCGUUCAUCCGGCGCUGUUUAGUGUACCGGAAGGAGGACCGUAUCGACGUACACCAGCUUUCCAACGACCCCUUCCUCAUGCCGCACAUCCGCAAGUCGGUGGCCUCCUCGGGCAACUCGGCCAUGGCGGUGGCCUCUACGUCCAGCUCCUCUAACAGCAGCGCCUCCAACUGA